GUUCAAACCAGAACUACUUCCGGAAGACAGCGCAGGUUUGUCAGAUUUCCCGUGCAUGGCGUGGUUCAUAGACUAUCCCACAUUUCGGACCGAAAACUAGGGCGUAUUUUUCAUCAGUUCGUUUCUAAAAGAAGCCAAGCUCCCCAACAGCCGCUGCUCCGUGAAAAUGGCGGAUGUACCACCAGAGAAGAGCCUGGACGAUUUUUUCGCCAAGCGGGAUAAAAAGAAGAAGAAAGAAAAGGGGAAAGGGAAGGAGUCGGCCGUCGUGCCCGCGUCCGCAGCGAUGAAGAAGACGAAGAAAGAGAAGGAGAAAUCUGCUAAAAACGAGAACCCAGACGCGCAAGUGGAAAAGGACGACGAGGAGUGGAAAGAGUUUGAGCUGAAGGAGGUGGACUACACCGGGCUCCGUCUCCAGGCCUUACAGAUGAGUGAUGAAAGAGAGGAAGAGGAGUACGAGAAGGAGGAAGUGGGCGAGGAUGGAGAGAUAAUUCUGGUCAGUGGAGACAAAGUGUCCGGCCCCUGGAACAAGUCGGGCGCUCCUCCUCCUCCUGCUGCUGCUCCUGCUGUUGAAGAGGAGGAGGCGCCUGAAUCCAAGCCCCCCGGCGUGUACCGGCCCCCUGGAGCCAGGCUGACCACCAACAAACGAGGCCCCAGCCAGGGCCCCCCGGAGAUCUACAGCGACACGCAGUUCCCCUCGCUGUCGGCCUCGGCGAAGCACGUGGAGACGCGCAAAGACAAAGAGAUGGAGAAGACGUUUGAGGUGGUGAAGCACCGGAACCGCGGCCGGGAGGAGAGCACGGGCGCCUCCGUGCAGCAACUGCAGCUCGACAACCAGUAUGCCAUCCUGGGGGACAAGUAGAAGCUCCGCCCUCCGUCCCCUGGCCCGCCCCCCCAGUGAAGUCCCGCUCGGCCCACGGAAGGAAGCUGACCUGCAGCCGGGCGGUCCUAACAGAGACGCUGCCCCCGCCACCACCACCACCGCAGCGACACGCUCACUCUUCACCGGCCGGCAGAACUGAGGGGCUGCAUCCAGGGGGGGGGCUCCAAAACACACCCGAACAUCGACACUGCAACGAGAGCCGGCGCGGCUGUGGAUGGUCGUCAGAGCAGCAGUGGUGAAGACUUCACCGCGCUCAGAGGACUGACGAAGACCAGAUUUUACUGACUCUCUGUGAAAAGAUCUUUUUUUUUUAUGUUUUUGGCAAAGAUGAUUACAAGCGUGCACGCUUCUGUCUGAGGUGAUGCGGUGAUGCUUCUCCAGCAGCCAUUUUUUUUUUUUUUUCCCAGCCGUUCAACCGGCUGUUUCACGUAGAAACAGUUUUUUAUCCGCAUGCUGACGACACUCUGGAGGUGGCGGUCAUCCUCACAAUCUCUUUAUUAAGUGACCUUACUGACGAGGAGUCGGUUCUUCACGGGCGGCGUCCCGCCGUCGUCUCUCACCACUUUGCAAAAGAGAGGAAACGUCUCCGAAGGUCCCGGUCCAGACUUUAGUGCUGUUGUAGUUUGCCUGAUGAUUACAGCUAUUAACUGUCAUUCAUGUCCACUGGUGGAUCUUCUCCUCUUUACCUUCAAACAUGAAAAAAUGAAUAAAUAAAGCUUGUUUCUAAUCCGAGAAGGUUA